UUUACUCGUAGUCGGAAUUUGACAGUUUAACUGUAUUGUAACGGUGGUUUUAUUCAAGUGUUCAUAAUAAAAUUAAUAGCAAUAUGAUUCUAAAGAGGAUAGCAGUCCUCUUUAUACUUAGUUUUGCAAGUUUGCUCCUUUGUGCGCGCUCGGAGCUUGUGGAAGUUAUAGAUCUCAAUGCCAACUGGAGCAUUACAAAUCAAAAUCUGACCAUAAGCAAAAGUAAUAUUCAUCUACCCUCUGGCAUCUAUAGUAUACUGCAUGAUGAGGAUAUAUUGUACUCCUACAAUGACAUCCAUAUGCGUUGGAUAGCGCAGGAUAACUGGACUUAUACGCGAGCGUUCAAAGUUUCACGCGACCACCUGCCCAAGCACUACUGCAAUUUAACUUUCCACGGCAUUGACACAGUCGCAGAGAUACGCCUGAACAACCACGUCUUGGGGCGCACCGACAAUAUGUUCGUACGCUAUAGCUACGACAUAACCAAAUUGCUGACCGAAGACAACGUUAUCGAAGUGCAGAUAUUCUCACCGAUACAGGCGGCGAAAAAGCGUGCAACAGAUUUCGCUGUCAAUGGCACACUCUACCCACCGAAUUGUCCCUCGGAUCGCUAUCACGGUGAGUGCAAUGUCAAUAUGCUGCGAAAGAUGCAGACCAGUUUUUCAUGGGACUUUGCGCCAGCGGUGCCUUCAAUGGGAAUUUGGAAAUCAGUGCACUUGGAGUGCUACGAUGUGGCGAUCAUACGCGAUGUGGAUGUCGUCAUCAGUCGCACGAAAACGCACUGGAAAGCCGAUAUGUACGUGUACGUUGAUGUAGGCGGAACGGAAGACUUCUUCGCUGAGCUCAAGUUCUACGCUUUUGGCCUCUUAGAUGAGCCAGUUAUCAUUAAGGACUACACCUCAAAGCAACGCUUGUUGCGUAAAAAUCCCGUAAUAAUGUUUUCGCAAACAUUUCCAUUGAACUCCGUUAUUGCUUGGUGGCCCAAUGGCUAUGGCAGUCAAACUCUAUACACCUUUAAUUUUGUGCUUAAUGCUUGGCUAACUAACGCGGGUCCGAAUGCAGAAUCGCCAACUGUCUCGCAAAAGUCCAUACGUAUUGGUUUUCGUACAGUCGAACUUGUGGAACAAGAGCUAGCCGAUCGUAAGCAUGUGGAACUGAUCUUUCUUAAAGUUAAGAGUAACGCUCGCUUUGUUGACAUUUUAGGCAACGGCUACACAUUCUUAUUCCGCAUAAAUGGCGAGGACAUCUUUAUAAAGGGCGCCAACUAUAUGCCAUCGCAUGUGCUGCCGGAGAAGAUGCAAGACCACGAACGUCUCAAACACCUGCUCACUUCUGCCAAGGAUGCCAAUAUGAAUAUGUUACGCGUUUGGGGCGGCGGCAUUUAUGAAUCCGAUCUUUUCUACGAACUCGCCGACGCAUUGGGUUUGCUCAUCUGGCAGGAUAUGACAUUUUCCAGUGCCAUGUAUCCAGUCGAUGAGGCCUUCCUCGACUCUGUGCGCACCGAGGUCUUGCAGAACGCACGCCGUUUAGCUUAUCAUCCCAGCUUGGUUGUAAUGGCCGCCAACAGUGAAAACGAAUUGGCCUUGGCUCAGAACUUAUACGGCACACUCGUGGAGCAGAAACGUUUCGAGACGGAAUAUCGCACAUUGUAUGUGAAAAAUGUGAUACGUCAAUUGAAAUCAAUGCAACAUCCGGCACGCAUUUCACCGCUGCAGUCAACGCCUUCGAUAGGAAAACGUGGAGAGAAGUACGACUAUAUAUCACCGGAUCCGCAAAGCGCACAAUACGGCGAUGUGCACUUCUUUGUGGUACACGAAAACGGUUGGAACGUCAACAUCUACCCCACACCACGCUUUGUCUCCGAGUAUGGCUUCCAGAGCUUACCGCGCACGGAAGCCUGGAAGCGCAGCAUGCAGUCCAGUGAUAAUUUAAUGGAAAUAAUGCGUCAUCGCCAACAUCAUCCCAUGGCCAUGCUGCCGAUUGUGAAUUUGAUACGUCCGAAUCUACCGUUACCGCUUACGAAGGAUACACGUUAUACCGAUGCACUCAUUUAUUUCAGUCAAAUCGCACAAGCGAUGGCUCUGAAAGUGGAAACCGAAUGGUAUCGCAGUCUACGCAGCUCGGAACAUCGUACAAUGGGCGCACUCUAUUGGCAGCUGAAUGAUGUCUGGGUAGCGCCAUCCUGGUCCACAAUUGAUUUCUUCGGCAAUUAUAAGCUCGCUUAUUAUUGGUCUAAAGAAUUCUUGGCCCCCAUCACGAUUAUUGCUUUGACUGACACCAACAAUGCAGCCAUUAACGUAACGAUUGCUUGUGAUCAAUUGGAAGUAAGUAGCGAAAGUGUGCAUGUAACGGUACAACUUUUCAAAUACGACAACCUGACUGCGGUGAAUUUAACCAGAAUUGAUACGAACUUGAAAAGUAACAGCGCCAUUAAUAUACGAUCACUAGCCAAAAACAAGAUUUUCAAUAAUGUAACCACCGAAAAGAACACCUUCUUAAAGUUCAUACUACACAAAGGACCUGUGGAGAUCUCAUCAACUUACUACUUUCCCAUGUCCUUCAAUAACGCUGAAGGCAUCAGCGAUCCGGAAUUGGCUUAUGAUUUACAAUGGAUGCACUGCAUUGAAAAAGAACAGACUUACGAGAAUGCCUACACUUUGAAGAUCGUUGUAAAGCGACCAGCAUUCUUUGUCUUCAUUGAUAUUAUCCAUCCGAAGGUGGGCAAGUUUAAGCUCUCGCAAAACGGUUUCGUUCAAACUAGCGACACGAUGAAGGUGAAUUUGCAAUUCAAUGCGGACGAAUGUAUUAUUCUACAGAAUUCGAAUGUGAUAAUCAAAACUAUACAUGAAUUUAUUUCCUAAAGAUGAUAAUACCGUUAGAAUUAAUUAAAAUUUAAAUCACAUAUGCUUGAAGUUUACGAAACGUUUGUGAAAGGAAAAAUAAAAAGUUUAUGAAAAACUAA